GUGUGGUGGAGGGUGGAGACGAGAGAAGAGUAAACCAAGUCAACACACGUGUGUGCUGCGCGACUUGAAUUUUUUGUGAUAGAGAUACUUUUUACUUGGCUUUGAAGUUUACGCUCACCUUUCAAACAUGGGUGUCAAAAAGAAGAUAGGAAAGCAACGUAAAGAUAAGUUCUACCAGCUUGCCAAGGAAACAGGUUUUCGUUCGCGUGCAGCAUUUAAGCUUAUUCAAUUAAACCGUAAAUUCAGUUUUCUUGAAAAGUCUCGAGUAUGUAUAGACUUGUGUGCUGCUCCUGGAGGAUGGAUGCAAGUUGCACGACAAAACAUGCCAGUCUCCAGUAUUGUUGUUGGUGUGGAUUUAUUUCCUAUAAAACAGAUUCCUGGAGCUAUUGGGCUUGUGGGUGAUAUUACCACUGAUGAAACUGCGAAAGCUUUAGAGAAAGAACUGCAAACCUGGAAGGCUGAUGUUGUCUUACACGAUGGUGCUCCAAAUGUUGGUAAAAACUGGUUGCAUGAUGCCUAUGGUCAAAUUUGUUUAACUCUUAGUGCUUUGAAGGUAGCAACAAGGUUUCUCCGUAGAGGAGGGUGGUUUGUUACCAAAGUAUUCCGAUCCAAAGAUUAUCAUGCUUUGGUGUGGGUUUUAAAACAAUUGUUCAAUAAGGUUCAUGCAACAAAACCAUCUGCGUCUCGUGCUGAAUCAGCUGAGAUUUUUGUUGUAUGCCAAGGCUAUGUUGCUCCUGAUCACCUAGACCCCAGGUUUUUAGACCCCAAGUAUGUCUUUGAAGAACUGGAAUUGGAGCCCAAAGUUCGUGUCACAGAUAUUAUGCAUCCUGAAAAGCAAAAGAAAGCCAGGGCUCAAGGGUACCGUGCUGGAGAUUACACACAACACACCACAAUAACAGCCAAAGAGUUCAUUGCACAUUCCAACGGAAUUGAGGCUCUCGCUGGCCUAGCUGAGAUUGUAUUUGAAGAUGAUGAAAUAAGUAAACACCCUAAAACAACAGCUGAAAUUCGAGAAUGUUGUAAAGAUAUUAAGGUUCUGGGAAGAAAAGACCUACGUGUAGUAUUGAAUUGGUACAAAGCUGUGCGAGAAGAUCUUAUCAGUAAAAUUAAAGUGGAAAAAGGAGAUGGAGAUACUAUUGAAGUGAAAGAUGAUGAAGAUGAGAAGCUGUCCAUUGAUGAAGAUGAGUUAGAACUGCAGGAGGUUUCCAAGAGGAUUGAAGCACUCAGUGAAGAAGAGAAAGCUGAGGCUAAGAAGAAGCGAAGAAAAGCUAACAAAGAAAGGCAAAAACUCCAAGAAAGGAUGAAUUUAAAAAUGGUUCUCAAAGGUGAUAUUGGUCCUACAAUGGAAGGGGAAGAAGCAUUUGACCUGCGUGCUAUUACCAAUGCUGCUGACUUGUCAAGAAUGACUGAUCAGGCCCCAGAAAUUGUUGCUGAAUCAGAUGAAUCUGAUGACGAUGCCCCCAAGCUCAAAAUAGAAAGAUAUAACAAAGAAAAAUCCCAUCUUGAUAAAUCUGGGAAGUUUUAUAAGGACAGUGAGAGUGAGCCAGAAUCUUCAAGUGAGGAUGAAGAUGAAGAAAAAUAUAUGAAAGAUGGUUUAGGUCUUGAUAGUGACAACGAAGAUGGUCCUCAGAAGUCGGGCAAGAAAAAGAAAUCAGUAACAUUUGCAGAUACUGGAAACUCUAAGUCUAAUGGCAAGGAUGCUCCUUCAGGAAAUAGAAAGUCCAUGAAAGUCACUGAUUCUGAAAGUUCAAACCCACUCAUUACUGAUUUGGAUCCCAGGGAUAAAAAAGACAAGCGAGCCCAGAAAGCCCAGCUGUGGUUUGAAAAGGAUGCCCUAAAAAAUCUUAUGAAUGAGGCUGAUGAGGACUUUGAAUUGGACCAACUUGCAGAAGAGUAUCAUAAAAAGGGUGGUCGUAUUCUUGGCGAAGAGAAGCGGAGUAAAAAGCGAACAUUUGAUCCUAUUGAUGAGUAUUCAGAUGACGGUGAUGAGGGUAGUGAUUAUGAUGUUGAACAGUCACUCACAACUCAACCAGACAAAAAAGCUAAGAAGGCUAAAAAGGAGGCAGAUAAGGAUGGGUUUGAAGUAGUGCCCAAAGAAAAAGUUUCCAAAGCCAAGAAAGUCAAGUUGGAUGAAGAAGGUCUUGCUCUUGGUGCCUUAAUGGUAUCCUCUUCUAAAGCAAAGCGAAAUAUUGUUGAUGCUGGAUGGAAUAAGUAUGUUUUUAAUGAUGACAACCUACCUGAUUGGUUCGUUGAAGAAGAGAAAAAACAUAUGAAGAAGGAUGUGCCAGUACCAAAGGAAAUGGUGGAUGAAUACAAGAAAAAGAUGGAGGAAAUUAAUAUCAGGCCUAUUAAGAAGAUUGUUGAAGCUAAAGCCAGAAAGAAGAGGCGAGCUGUCAAAAAACUUGAGAAAGCUAAGAAGAAAUUGGAGAAUAUCAUGGAAAAUGUUGAUAUGUCAGAUAAGGAAAAAUCCAAACAAAUCAAAUCACUUUACAGGAAAGCUAAAGAAAAGAAGAAGGAGAUCACUUAUGUUGUGGCCAAGAAGAGUGGUGCAGCCAAGAGAGCGAAGCGACCUCAGGGAGUAAAGGGACCUUACAAAGUAGUAGAUCCACGAAUGAAGAAGGAUCAACGAAAACAGAAGGCUGCUUUCAAAAAGCAAGGGAAAAAGGGUAAAUCAACUAAACCCGUUGAUAAGAAAGCUUUGAAGAAAAUGAAGAGAACACAGAGAGCGCAAAAUUCUUCGAAAGCUUAAAAUUAACUUUGUAGACUAGAUUUUAUCGUGAUUACUUUUCAAUUUCCCAUAGCAAGAAUUAUGACUCAAAUUGAUAUUUUAUCUAUCUAUGUUUUUGAUUGACUGUUGUGAUUACUGGCUUUUACUGGCUUAAUAUGUCAACUGCUGUGAUGUAUGAAUUGAAAUCAAUUCACUUGUACCUUUGAUGUAUGUCAUGUAAUUUACAUCUUAUUGUAUUUAUUAUUUUAUAAGGUUGUAAUUUUGUUUUUGGAAAGCUGAGCUUUGAUGUGCAGCUUUAAUAACUUAAAAAUCAUUUUUGAAAAGGCAUACAUUUUUGUAAAUACAUACAAAUGAAAUGAACCACUA